AUGCCCGCAGCAAAGGAACAAAACGCAUGGGUCGGCUACCGGGGCGCUGCCGGCUUCGAUCUUCGCAGUGACACCCAGACGACCCCGACGCCGUCAAUGCUGGCUGCCAUUGCCAACUGCACCCUGUUGGACGAUGUCUUUGAGGAGGACACCACGACCAUCGACCUGGAGGCUCACUGUGCCGCGCUGGCGGGAAAGGAGGCCGGCCUCCUGAUGCUGUCGGGCACCAUGGGCAACCAGGUCGCACUGAGGUCCCUCUUGACCCAGCCACCCCACGGCGUUCUCUGUGAUCACCGUUCUCACAUCGUCGUCUACGAGGCCGGAGGCGUAUCCUCCCUCACCGGCGCCAUGCUCGAAUGUGUGCGGCCGAGCAACGGCAUCCACCUGACGCUCGAGGACGUCCAGGAACAUGCCCACAUCGAUGACAAUGUGCACACCUGCCCGACCAGGGUCAUCUCGCUCGAGAACACCCUCAACGGGAUGCUGAUGCCCCUGUCCGAGGUGCAGCGCAUCUCCAGCUGGGCCAGGGAGCACGGCAUCAAGAUGCACCUCGACGGGGCGCGGCUCUGGGAGGUGGCCGCGUCGGGCGCCGGGAGCAUCAGGGAGUUUGCCGAGUGCUUCGACACCCUGACCCUGUGCUUCAGCAAGGGCCUGGGCGCCCCGAUCGGGAGCAUCCUCCUCGGCACCAAGACCACCAUCAAGCAGGCCCGGUGGGUGCGCAAGACCAUCGGCGGUGGGCUCAGGCAGUCCGGUGUCGUGGCCGCCGCCGCGCGCGUGGCCGUGGACGAGACCUUCGGCAGCGACCCGAGCGGCAAGGACGGGCUCUUGAGGAGGUCGCACGAGAUGGCGGCGCAGGUGGCCAGCAUGUGGACGGGGCUGGGCGGGAAGCUCACGUACCCCCCGCACACCAACAUGGUGUGGCUCGACCUCAAGGACGCCGGCUGCAGCGACGCGCGCAUCGCCGAGCUGGGGAGGGAGCAGGGCCUGCGCCUGCUGGGCGGCAGGAUCAUCUGCCACUACCAGAGCUACCAGAACGCAGACGUGGUCAUACCCAGGCUCGAGGCCAUCUUCAAGACCAUCAUGGCCGAGAAGGGCCAGCGGGUUCCCGCUGCCAACGGCGCCGGCGACAAGGCGCUCUACAAGUAG